AAUUAUAACAAAAUCUCAUGAAAACAAAUAUUUUAAAAAAUCUUACCAAAAAGUCAAAUAUAUUUUAAUAAAAUAAUGAAUUGAUUUAGUGACAAACAAAUUCAAAAGUCAUUCCCUAUAAUCUUUCAAAUUAAGAAAAUAGUUGUGUAAUAUUUCUUGACCAAGUAACAAAUUGAAAAAUAAAUAUUAAAAACUUAAAAUUAUAAUAUUCCAAAUUUUGUAAAAGAUAAAAUCAUUGAUGCUAAAAAUAUAAUUUUUUGAAAAGUAACAUGAAAAAAAAAUUAGGUUGUAAUAUAAUUUUUUGAAAUCUUAAUUUAAUAAUUAAAAAUCAGAAAACUUCAUACCAUAACAUCCAAAAGUAUCCUAUAUUGAUAAAAUCUACUAAAAUAAUAUGACAAAUACUACUAUGUAUUCAUGCUAUUUACUAAAUUAAUGGAGUAGAUAUUAUUUAAGCAUAACAAUUUAUUUGUUUAUAAAAUUUUGCAAAAACCAAAAAUGAUAGAUGUUCAACUAUAGUUUCUUAAACACUAUAUAUAUAUAUAUAACACUAUAUAUAUAUAUAUAUAUAAAUUAUAAUAACAAAUAUCCAUCUAUAGUAUAACUAAAUAAUAUUAAAAUGUAUUGUAUACAAACUAUAGAAAUUUAAAAGUUAUAUUAUAGGAGACUGUGUAUUUGAUUAUUUCAGAUUAUGAAUUUAUUGUGCUGAACUAAAAAAUAUAUUAAUAAGUAAUAAAAAUUAAUAAUAAAUUAAAAUAUAUAAAACAAAUCAAAGUAUAAUAAUCAUUACAAAUAUUAUGCCUAAACAAUAAGAUUAUAGAAUUAUACAAUAUUUAUAACACUAAAUAUAAAUUACAUAUUUAAAAAGUUUAUAUGAUAUCAAAAUUCUAGUAUAAUUUGAAGCACAUGAAUUCUCAAAACCAAAGCUUUGAACAACAUUGGGCUUAGCACUUUCAUUUUUUUUUCUUUUUUAUUUGGACAAUCCCCAAGCAAAAUCAACAUUCAAAACGGUUAACCGCAUUUACCUUCUUGUUUUGUUUAUUAGGAUUACUAUUUAUAAACUAUCAUAUUUCAAUAAUUAAACGAGAGAGAGAGAGUAAUUAAAGGUUAUUGGAAUACUAGCUUUGACCUUGAGCUCUUUUUCUUCUUCUUGGACUUUUUGUCGCUCUGUUAUAAAACCUCCCCUCUCUUCCCCCUCAUAUACACAAGUCUCCCCUUUAAUAUUGUUCACACACAAACAUACACACAUUAAGGCAACGGAAGGAACAAAAGAAACACGAAAUGGUGUCCAUGAGGGCUUUUUGCUAUCUUCUAAUAUUUUUCAUCUUGCUAUUACAUGCUAAAGUCUCGCAUGCAAAGUUUAAUAGAGAAGUUCCACAAGCGGCAAAGAAUGGUGGGCUUGGAGCAAGCACUAGUACUCAGAUUACCAGCAAGGCUAUUGAAAAUGUAAUGGGAAACCGAAAGGCGUUGAAGCAUGGAAAUAUGAAGGGCGAGGCAAAUGAAAUGAACAGUUUAGCGAUAGAGAGUAAAGAAACGGUAAGGAAAAGAAAGAGCAAGAAGAGGCUCACCAAAACGGUGAGUUUAACGGCCGAUUACAGCGACCCUGGUCAUCAUCCUCCUAGGCACAAUUAACAGAACUACGUGUGUGUGUGUGUGUGUUUAACAUGAAACAUGAGCCUAUAUUUCCCAAUGAGGCUUCAAUUUUGGUGCAUCACUACUCGGCCUUUGAUAGUUUUUUUUUCUUUUACGUUUUACAUGUAUCUACUACUGAUCAUGGUAGGCGGCACGCCGACACAAGCUUUUCUCAGGUGGUACUUUUGUUAGCUUUUGUAUGUAUUCAGAAGAGACGUUUUUGGUUAUUAAUGUCACUAUACACAAUUACACAUGUUUAGUUAUUGGUUGUUAAGAAAAAUAAUUUUAUAAUUAUCUGAGUUCUUAACUGGAAAUCGCAAUUUUUCAAGCGGUUAGUUGAAAAAUUCAAGUGAAUAUUUCAGUCCCUCUCUCGCCGUCAAUGCUUAAACUAGGAGAGAAAAAUCAUAUUGAUAAUUGAAAAUUUUGUUUAUGUAAAUUAUCUCUUACCUGGAAGUUUUGAUUAACAUUCUCACUUUACUUAUACAAACUAUUGUUUUUAGAAAAAUGGCUUUAGAUAUUAAAUUCCGGUAGUUAGAUUUAGCUGAAGAUACCUGUUUAACCAAACAACAUGGGAUAUACUGUAGUGUAUAUACAUAUAAAAUAAGUACGUGAACUGAUUAAGAACAGAAAAAGCGGACAAUUCUAUCUUGAAUUUAGAUUAGUACCGAAUCAUUUAUGAAAAUGAAGGUUAAUACAUAUAACAGUUGACCACACAUAUAACAGAGUAAUAAACCUAAUUAAAGGUUUCCUUUAGAAGUUUAAAGUAAGAAUGAUAGUGAUAUGGAUCAAAGUCAGAUCUGAAUCAAGAACAAGGACUAAAGAAUGACCGGGCUAUAUGAAAUGGGCUUCUUGAAGAUGUCUAGCCAUAGUGGGAAUGUGGCCAUAUAACGAAACGUUCGGGCUUCGGGGAACACACGGUGAAGGAGAGAAUUCACUUACCAAGUUAUUUUAACAAAAAAAAAAGUUAUUGUAACUUUGUGUGCAAACACUUUAAUUAAAUAUUUACUAUAAGUGCAUAUUUGGUGGUUGGGUUGAACAAAAGAAUGGAAUAAAUUUUAUUGUGGACAUUGAAUAUUAUUUCUAUAAUCAUAGAUAAAAGAUUCAUGAAAAAGAAACUAAAGGAGGAUAGACGAGACUUGAGAGAAGCGUCUCACAUGUAUAAAAAUGAAGCAGGAAAACUCAAGUCAUGGCAGAACCAAAAUAAAUAAAGAGUUGAACGAAUCAAAGAUGAGUCUUCCUCUAACACCAACUAGAGAAGCAGAGGUGCAGUGGUUUUUACCAAGCAGAGGUUUUAAUUUUGGUUUCCACCUUAUUCGGGUUGUGAUACCAAACUGAAUUUACAGUAGAAUUAGAGAGCGACCAUUCACCAUAUGUCACAUUGUCACUCUAAACCGCAAACUCGGCUUUGGCAAUAAACGGCGACUGGAAAAGAAAGAGCCAAUGAGCCAGUGCACGGGGCCCAGCGCAUGCUAGACGACAGUCAUUGUGGCACAUUAGUUAACGGCAAGGAAUGGGCACACAUGAGCGGCGCUUCUCUCCUCACGUGCCCUGACUUUUGUGUUUACCGGUUUCUAUGUCCCCUAAGUUAAGUUUAUAGACGUAUGCAAGUCAAUAACUUAGGUAAUAUAUUAGAGAUAAACUAUUCCACCCGGGAAAAUUCAAGGAAUUAACCUA